AAAGAGAACUUCUUAAAUCCCAGCGUUCAGCGGCAGAGAAGAGCUCUCUCUCUCUCUCUCUCUCUCUCUCUCUCUCUCAAGCUCCAUCUCGGAGAAGCCUCACAUCAGAUCGGCCAUGAGCCUCUUCGGUCUUGGCAGGAACCAACGGACAUUUCGCCCAAAAAAGAGUGCACCAUCUGGUAGUAAGGGAGCACAGCUGCGCAGGCACAUUGAUGCCACUUUGGGCAGUGGAAACCUGAGGGAAGCAGUUAGGCUUCCACCUGGAGAGGACCCCAACGAGUGGCUUGCUGUUAAUACUGUGGACUUCUUCAACCAAGUCAAUCUGCUCUAUGGCACACUCACAGAAUUCUGCACACCUGAAAGUUGCCCUACAAUGACUGCAGGACCAAGAUAUGAGUAUAGGUGGGCUGAUGGAGUGCAAAUAAAGAAGCCCAUUGAAGUUUCUGCACCAAAAUAUGUUGAAUAUUUGAUGGACUGGAUUGAAGCUCAGCUUGAUGAUGAGUCCAUCUUUCCUCAAAGACUUGGAGCCCCCUUUCCUUCAAAUUUCAGAGAGGUUGUGAAGACGAUUUUCAAACGUCUAUUCCGUGUUUAUGCCCAUAUAUAUCACUCACAUUUUCAGAAGAUUGUCAGCCUCAAGGAGGAAGCACACCUCAACACAUGCUUCAAGCAUUUUAUUCUAUUUACAAAUGAGUUUGUCUUGAUCGACAAAAAGGAACUUGCUCCGCUUCAGGAGCUCAUCGAAUCCAUUAUCGUGCCUUAUUAAGCCUUAAACUGUAUAUUUCCAGUUUAAUAGCAGCUAUGCUUGCUAAUCUGCUGAAUAUGUACUUUAGUAAAACAUGUCUGUGUUUAUAGAUCCUACAACUAAGCUCUGCAGCAGUAUCAGUAUGUGUGUCGUGCUUAUGCAAUAUCAUGUAUUUGUAAUCCUUGAUACAAUAAAAUGCUAAGCAGUAUUAAUAAUUAUUAA